UUUAUUUAAAGAAUAACCAACCAAAUGAUUCCGAUGAUGAUGAAGAAGAAAUGGGAACUAAAGGAAUUGCUCGUAUUGUAGAAGUUUUAGAAACAGUAAAAUGGAAUGGAAUUAAAUUAAAACCAAAUCCAAUUAAAAAUAUUAAACAUAAAAAACAAUUUUUGGAUUAUAUUAAAGAAAUGGAUGAUGAAGAGUUUUUGUGGGAAAAGUUUGGAGGAGAGAAAAUUGAAGAAGAAAAGAAGAAGGAAAUAAAAAUGGUGGAUUAUCCAGACACUGAAGAUGAAGGAAUUUCCACUUUCAACAUAUUCCCAACAUCAAAGUCAAUACAACAACACACAAAAUAUGCCCAUUCUGAGAAGUCAGCCAGAAAGUAUUCAACAACAAAAUGUUAUAAGACGCCGUUUUGAUGGGACUAAUAAAUAAAAACAUAAUAGUAGAAAUAAAGGAGGCAUUAUAUAUUUUAUUUUAGAAAUUGUUUUUGUUUAUAAAAAUAAUUUUCACAUUGUUUACUUUUAAAUUUGAAUUUUUGUUUUUUAUUAGAUAGCAGAGUUUUAUUUGUAUACGACACUUCUCGUACAUGCAGGAGGAAUUUGAAACGUAGUAAGAUCUCACUAAUGUCAACUUUUGGACAGGAACCCCGUGUUCGAUGAGGAGUGUCGUGCAAGUG